AUGUCAACGACAAGGCGGAUCGCGAAAGCUUUGCAAGCCAAUACAACGCAAGCCAAAACAGCCGUCAGUUCCGCCAUCCCCGGCGCUCUGCCAAUCCAGCUGUUCGAGAACGCGAAUGCUUGGGAGACAUGGCUGGAAAGCAACUGCGGCCAGUCGACGGGCCUGUGGUUGAAGAUCAGCAAAAAGGGGUCUGGAAUUGCGUCCGUCACCUACGACGAAGCCUUCACUCCGCGUCGGAAGAAGAGCAUGUGGUCGAUGCGGAAUGUUGACAAGGUCGCCAAACUGAUCGCUGCGGGGCGCAUGCGCGAUGCGGGACAACUCGAAGUCGACGCGGCGAAGGCGGACGGGCGGUGGGAGAAGGCAUACUCGUCGUCGAGCGUAAUGCAGGUCCCAGCCGACUUUCAAGCGGCCCUAAACCGUAACAAGAAGGCAAAGGCAUUCUUUGAGCGCCUUAACAAGACCAAACGUUAUUCGUUUCUUUGGCGCAUCGAAACUGCGAAGCGGGACGAGACACGGCAGAAACGGAUUGAGCAAUUUGUCCAGCUCCUUAUCGAAGGAAAAAUCACUGUGAUUCCGUGCAAUUUGGUACGGGGCCGUUCAUCCCCAGGAGGCUUUGCCUGUUUUCACUUUCAGCAGGGGUUGGAAUGA